AUGGAGAGCGUUGGAGUUGUUCCUGAGAUUUACUGGAACUCGUUCGAAGAACCAGUUCAGUAUGAUCAGGAAACAAAUACCAUGGCUCAAUUGCUCGAAGGUCAAAUCUUUGGUUAUGAUCAGGUUCGAGAGCAGCAGAGCUCGAGUCUUAUGUCCAUGCUAUGGCCUUAUAAUGAAGCAAGUCCCUAUUGUUACUUGACUGAUCCAAAUGCAAAUUAUGAGGGAAUAAAUUAUCAUGCCAUGGAGGAUGAGCAAUUUGCUUCUUCCUUUUUUCAGAUUGAUACUGCAGGGAACCCAUUUGAAGGGUUCAUUAGCCCUAAUGAAGUAAAUAGUGAUGAAUCCACAGACUGUAAUGCUGCUAAUGAACUAGAAUUGCAGAACUGGAGAAAGAGUAAUCAAGUUGAGGUUCCAGCUGAGAGGCUCCAGAAAAAGGCUCGUGUUCAGAAGGCUACGAAGAAUUCGAGAUCGAAGAAGAAGCAGAAGGGCAGCAGAGGAGGAAGCGAUGAAGAAGAGAGCAAUGCUGGUAUAAAUGUGCAGAGUACCAGUAGCUACAGUUCGGAGGAGGAUUACUUGAAUGCUUCUCAAGAUAUUACUGAAGGAGGGAGUGUGAGCUCCAGCUCCAAAGGUUCCUCUGCCUUAAAUCUUAAUGGGAAGGUGAGAGCUGGAAGGGGAGCAGCUACUGAUCCACAAAGCCUCUACGCAAGGAAGAGAAGAGAGAGGAUCAAUGAAAGACUCAGAAUACUACAGAACUUAGUACCAAAUGGAACCAAAGUUGACAUCAGUACAAUGCUGGACGAAGCAGUACAGUAUGUGAAGUUCUUGCAGCUCCAAAUUAAGCUUCUGAGCUCUGAUGAGCUGUGGAUGUAUGCUCCUCUUGCCUAUAAUGGAAUGAACCUCGGGCUUGAUCUGAUGAUUCCUACAAACAAAUUAUAA